AUGGCCAUCCACCACAGACUCCAGACCCAGAUAUCCCGUCUCUUGAACAUUCGGACUAAAUACCCCAGCUACUCCAAACUGAUCUACGAUAGCAACGGGAAGAUAAUCAACUGUAUCUGCGGGCCCAAGAUCCAGCCACGUGUAUUCAAGAAGCCUGAUACGGUUUUCUACAAGCAAGCCAAGCCCUCCAAGAAGAUUUCGGAGGAGAAUACAGAGGAAAUGGAUGUCAUCUGGCGUACUACGGAGAGCCGCAAUAAGAGAAAUUCUUGA